UGUUUCAAAAUGGCGACUUCAAAUGUAGAAUAUUAUGAACGUCAAAAAGAGUUGCAAGAUACUCUUCAUCAGAGUGAACAAGAACGACGACAAAUAGAUCUACAAUUAAAGACAUAUUUUCAGUCUGAUCAGCACCUGGCUAAGCUUAAAGCAGUUAAAUUGCACACAUACUGGAAGAAGAUUUGUGACCAAGAAAAACGGAGCAAAGAGAGAAAUGAACAGAUUCUACGCAACUUUGAGCGGACAGAUGCACACAUAGCAUCACUCAGUGCACGCACUGAGAAACUCAGAUUUCUCAAACAACAGUAUGAAGAAGAAAUCGAAAGAAAAUAUCCUCAGUGGCGGGAAUUAGUCAGGAGGAAACAUGAAGGUGAAACGCAGAAACAAGCUGAAAGCAACCAGAAAAAAGAUGAACAUGUUAAAGCAGAAAAUCAGAAGAUCAAGGUUACGAAGUUGUCAGAACACCGAAUACAGUCUGUGAACACCAACGUUAGUGCAAUUCCAAGUUCCAACAUCUUCAAUAUUCGGGCAACUACCGUAACUCCUGUUAUAUCAAAGACGCCGAUGUCCAGCACACCUGCUUCACGACAAGCUGCUGCUGCUGUUACAUCAAACGUUACGUCUCAACAAGCUAGGGUCUCAAAAGACGAAACUAAACUGGUUGAGGUUACUGCUCCCAUGUCUAUGCUUGUGCAGAGUUCCAGCAAACAGAAUGUAUCUACACAAGAUGAACCAAAGCGGCUUGUGGGGAAAGAAAACCAACAACCCAAAGCAGCUGCACCAGUAGCCAAUGUGGGAUCAAUGAAUCCACUUGAUGAUGAUGACAAACUCAGUGACUUUGGAUAUGACAUUGACCUUCCCAUUGGCGACACUAACCAGCCUCUCCAGGGCAGCAGGGAUGCAGAGCACUCCAGGGCUGAGUCAGUGCAACAUUUCUCUCGGGCAUCAAGUCUUCAGUCAUCACGAAAAGCCAGUGAUUUUGGAGAUCUGAAACCUGAAUUGACCCUGGAUGGGUUGUUGUAUAUUCUGAAGUUUGUGCAGAAUGAUUUCAAUGAGGCCUUUAAUGUAGACGGCUUCUACAGAUCAUCAAGGCCAGACUCCAAACAGAAGAUGGAAAUUAUUCGCAUGGCUAACCACGGUGAGGAGCUGAACCUGAUAGAUGCCGACUUGAUCAGUAUGGUGGCCCUGGACGAGAUGACGUUAGUGAUCCGCAAUCUCACCGAGGGAUGUCUGCUGCCCGACGGCUUGUUAGAGACCAAUACGACUAAACAGACAGCAGAAUCCAUCAAAUCACAGUUAUCCCCAGAUGCACAGACGUUGUGGAUGGGACUGUUUGAACACUUUGAUCAGAUAAUUAAACAUAAGGUGAUGGAGCCCAAAGAGAUUGCCUGUAUAUUUGUGCCGUGUUUGGUGGAAAAUGGGUCUCCUAACCAAGACAAGGCUCUCUCACUGCUUGUGCGUCUGCUCACUGGUGUAGAUGCAGACGGAACUGAUGAAGCGACACCUGUGGCCUCUCCUAGGAUUGCAGCAACACCGCGUCUAGCCGCCACCCCAACCUACACAGAUGAUGGCAAAGUACCCCCUCUGAAGUUUGGCAGUCUGAUAGAUUCACAGAGAACGGUAACGGAUGAAGACACCAGCAUGUUCAGCAACACUGCGUCGAAGGAGAAGAUUCCUCUGAAUGAGACUGAUGCCUACAAGAAUAUGUUGUCUGGCACCGUGACACAGAACCGAGACCAUGAUGAUGAUGACACUGACGACGAUAUUGAGAAGCAGUUUCAUUCAGCCCUCACUCCCAGGGAACCAGAAUCUGAAAAACGUGAAGUCGGCAGUACUAGUCAGCGUCAGCCACCCAUAUCGAAGGCAGCAGUGAUAGAAGAUGAAGAUGUGUCAUCUGUAAGUCUGCCAUCGGCAGCAGGAUCACCAGUCUAUGUGCCCACGACUAUGACUGGUUUCAGGUCAACUAUGACAUCUACAGGAUCUAAUCAAACUCCAAGAAAGCCAAUGGGAAUCAAGAUAAGUUCUGAUCUCGACACUGACACUGAACUCGAUGUUCUGGCUGCUAGCAAGAACAGAGCUGCAUCAGAAUCAGAUGACUUUGACUUUUAUGGAUAGUGCUCUAUACUCCACUAAGACAUUGCAUUUUGUGUUGUAUAUCAAGUAGUACAUGGAAACCUGAAAGGGAUGUCUAGAAUUGGCACCUUUAUAUCAAGGUGAAAUACAUAUCUCUGUGUGAAAGAUUCCUAUGAAGUGCACUUUAAGGCCAGGUGGUUGAUGACCUGGGCCCAUAUUUUCAAAGCUAUCUUAGCACUACUCUAGGAUAAAGAUUUCUGAAGUUAUCUUAGUGGAAGGAAGGAAGGAAAUGGUUUAUUUAACAAACCACUCAACAAAUUUUAUUUACGGUUCUGUGGCAUCGGACAUUUGAUUAAGGACCACCCAGAUAUUGAGGGAGGAAACCUGCUUUCACCACUUCAUGGGCUACUUUUUUCAGUUAGCAGCUAGGGAUCUUUUAUAUGCACCAUCCCAUAGAUAGCACAUAGCACGGCCUUUGA